GAUAUGGUAAAGUUUGGAGAGUUUAGUUCAUUUAUCAUUUAAUCAUCUUGUCCAUACUCGGAAAACGGCUAAGUGGCUUAAUGAUCUUGCGGGAAUCAAACAAGUUAAACGGACACGUUUUUAGUACUUUACUCAAAAGGAAAUUAAUUUGAUUCCCCAAUGGGUUAAAAGAAGAUUUGUCACAUUAAAUUUCCUUAAUAGAGUCUAUCUGGACAAUUAAUUUGAACAAAUCAAGGCGAAUGCUACUUGCAUAUAAAAGGCUAUGUAGGGUAUACAUCAAUGGGCAGGUUUUGUUGAAAGCGUGGCGGCGAACAAAACUAGGAAGGAUUUCAGUUCAUUAGUCAUCAACAGCGAGAAAUAAGAGUGUUGAGGGAGAUAUGGUAUCAAGAUCUUGCAAAAGCUUGUUGGACUUGGCAACUGGCGACAUGUUUAAUUCGGCGCAAUCUCCUAGAAGAAUACCUCGGGUUAUGACUGUUCCUGGAACUGUCUCUGAGAUAGGGGGUGGCAAAAUAAAUGAUGGAGAUUUUGAUGCUCUCUCUUUUGAAUGCCGUGAAAAGAAAAUUAUUGUGGCAAAUUUUCUUCCUUUACAAGCUCAAAAAGAUAUGAGAUCUGGUCGAUGGUCGUUCAGCUUUGAUGAGGAUUCUCUUCUCUUACAAAUGAAGGAUGGCUUCUUGUCUGAUACUGAUGUUGUCUACGUGGGGUCCUUGAAGGUUGAUGUAGAUUCAAGUGAACAAGAUGAAGUUUCUGGGAGAUUGUUAGAGGAGUUUAAUUGUGUGCCCACAUUUCUUCCUCCUGACCUUCAGAAAAAGUUCUACCAUGGGUUUUGUAAGCACUAUUUGUGGUCCCUUUUCCAUUAUAUGCUACCCAUGUGCCCAGACUAUGGUAACCGUUUUGACAGGUUGCUUUGGCAAGCUUAUCUUUCUGCUAAUAAGAUAUUUGUACAAAAGAUCAUGGAGGUAAUCAAUCCAGAAGUGGAUUAUGUAUGGGUACAUGAUUAUCACCUUAUGGUUCUUCCAACAUUUUUGAGGAAACGUCUCCCUCGAGUUAAGCUUGGAUUUUUCCUUCACAGCCCAUUCCCUUCCUCAGAAAUAUACCAGUCACUGCCAGUCAGGGAUGAAAUUUUAAAAGCACUGCUUAAUGCAGACUUGAUCGGUUUUCAAACAUUUGAUUAUGCUCGCCACUUUCUUUCUUGCUGCUGCAGAUUGCUUGGUCUUGACUAUGAAUCCAAGAGAGGACACAUUGGACUUGAGUAUUUUGGUCGCACAGUCUAUAUAAAAAUUUUGCCUGUUGGGAUUCACAUGGGGCAACUCCAAUCUGCACUGAAUCACCCAUCUUCUUCUACCAGGGUCAAAGAAAUUUUUCAGCAGUUUGAGGGGAAAAAGCUUAUCGUUGGUGUUGAUGACAUGGAUAUAUUUAAAGGCAUUAACCUAAAGGUAUUAGCUAUGGAACAGCUCUUACAACAGCAUACAGGGUUGCGAGGCAAAGUAGUCCUGGUUCAAAUUUUAAAUCCUGCAAGAAGCACUGGGAAAGAUGUUCAAGAAGCAAAAAGGGAAAUAUACAAGAGUACUCAAAGGACAAAUGAUGCUUUUGGUUUCCCCGGAUAUGAACCAGUGGUUCUGAUUGAUCGCCAUGUCCCUUUCUAUGAGAAAACCGCUUAUUAUGCUUUCGCAGAAUGUUGUAUUGUAAAUGCAGUGAGGGAUGGAAUGAACCUAGUUCCAUACAAGUACAUUGUCUGUAGACAGGGGACAUCCAUAAUGGAUGCAGCUUUGCAAAUUGCCACUGGAUCUCCUCGUAUGAGCACGCUUGUUGUAUCAGAGUUUAUAGGUUGUUCACCAUCCUUAAGUGGGGCAAUCAGGGUUAAUCCUUGGGAUAUUGAUGCUGUAGCUGAUGCAUUAAACAUGGCCAUCACCAUGCCUGAUGUUGAGAAACAACAGCGGCAUGAGAAGCACUAUCGCUAUGUUAGUUCUCAUGAUGUUGCUUAUUGGGCCCGGAGUUUUAUGCAAGAUUUGGAGGGGGCAUGCAGAGAGCAUUACAGCAAAAAUUGCUGGGGUAUUGGUUUUGGACUGAGUUUCAGGAUAUUGUCCCUUUCUCCAAGUUUUAGACAGCUUUCCAUAGAACACAUCGUCUCUGCUCAUGGAAGGACAUGCAGAAGAGCCAUAUUUUUGGAUUAUGAUGGGACAGUGGUGCCCCAUUCUUCAAUUACUAAAACCCCCAGUCCUGAAGUUAUAUUGGUCCUGAACAAUCUAUGCUGUGACCCCAAGAACACUGUCUUUAUAGUUAGUGGUAGGGGGCAAAACUCCCUGAGUGACUGGUUUGCUCAAUGUGAGAAUAUAGGUAUGGCAGCUGAGCAUGGAUACUUCAUAAGGUGGAGUAGGACGUCCGAGUGGGAAACCAUUCCUGUUGCUGUGGACUUCGGUUGGAAAAGAAUUGCUGAACCAGUAAUGAAAUCGUAUACAGAGGCAACUGAUGGCUCAUAUAUAGAAUCCAAGGAGAGUGCCUUAGUAUGGCACCAUCAGGAUGCUGACCCUGAUUUUGGAUCUUGUCAAGCGAAGGAACUACUGGAUCAUCUUGAAAGUGUCCUUGCCAAUGAGCCUGUAGCGGUUAAAAGGGGCCGUCAAAUAGUUGAAGUGAAGCCACAGGGAGUUACUAAAGGCUUUGUUACAGAGAAAAUUCUUUCCACCAUGACAAGUAACGGGAAACCUCCGGAUUUUAUCUUGUGCAUCGGUGAUGAUAGAUCGGACGAAGACAUGUUUGAAAGUAUAUCAAUAUCAUCUCUCCCUGUUCCUACGGAAAUUUUUGCUUGCACUGUUGGUCAGAAACCAAGCAAAGCUAGUUAUUAUCUCGAUGAUACUAUUGAUGUAUUGAGGUUACUUAAAAGUUUGGCUGCUGCUUCAAGCUCAACAACACCAACAAACGACACAGUUAUAUCAUCUCAACCUGUUCCUCCAGAAAUUGAAGUUUCAUUCGAAAGUUUUGCUUGA